AUGAACGAGUUGGUAAGGAUUGAAAACACAAAGCAGAGCUUCUCUGAAGACUGGUCUCCCGCAACUAGACCUCUCCUCAUCGUCCUAACUGCUGUUAUAUGUCUUGUUGGCUUCUUAGGGAACUGCCUAGUGCUGCAUGGUUCACUACACUACAACGCUCUGCGACUAGAGAAGAUCAGUAGGUCGCUAGUACAGAGUAUAGCUCUGUGCGACGCCCUGGCUUCUCUUCUCCUUUACUUCCCAGUUGUAGUGACUCUGAUAUCAGAUAGAUGGGUGCUGGGUCAGGCUGUGUGCUUUGUAGUCGCUCACUCUAACUACCUUCUAGUCCUCAACGAGAUCUGGCUUGUUCUGUUCAUGUCAGGGUAUAGAAUCUGGGUGCUCAAGAAACCAAAGGGACACAGGUUAUCCAAGAGGAGUGUGUGGAUUGUAGCAGGUAUCCAGUUGGGUCUCUCUAUAGUGUUAUUAGUUUACUCGCUCUGCAUGAAGAUAACAGCAGAAUACCGCAGCAUCUCUUGUGACACUAACCUCUACUACGAUAAGGAAGCGUAUGGAGGGUACCUCACAAUAGCUAUCCUGAUAAUCCCUCUAGUCUGCAUCCUCAUUCUCAACACCUUCCUCCUCUUCAGUGUGUGUCUCACCAACAAGGCCUCCCACAGAUCCCUGAGCAGCGUCAGGAAGCCCACCAUCAUGCUGUCCCUGGUGACCCUGAUAGAGCUAGUCUCCCUGGUUCCUGUGGUCUACAUGAUAAUGCUCUCCCACACAGACCCCCGUAACACCUGGUUACGGAGCAACCUGGCCUGGUUUAGGAUACUAGCUGUGUACAUGGUAUCUCUAAACGUAUGUAGCAACCCUGUUAUCUACCUGGCUACUAACAGGUCCUUCAGAGGCUAUGUCAGGGGGAUCCUGCAGUGUAAGAGGGCCGUGAAGAACAAUAGUGUGGUUUCUAGAGAGUUUAAGAGUACCACAGUGGUCCAGAACAGACUCUCCACUUGA